CUACAUAUGGUUUGUCUUUUUCUCUCAUCUACCAGGCUCAACAUUUUCCAUGCAGCUUCCUUUGACUAACCCCCCCGUAAGGGCAAUUAUUAAUCAGUCAAUGGGAAUCGUAUAUGCUAUCUGAUUUGACUUCUAAUUACAAGAUCUAAUUUCUCAUCUUCAGGCUUUGCGGAUCCAAACGCCCUGCUUCUUUCUUUCUUUCUUCUCUUUUGUUUGUCUUCAUCAUGAUGAAUAGAAGCAAUAAAAGUUUGAGUUUGCAAAGCCUGUUACUUCUCCAACUUUCAAAUCUCUGUGUCUUCAUUGCAGAGGAGGCAGUGCCUCCUUAUAUCCCUAUUGAAAACAUCACAAUUAACUGUGGCGCCUUCUCUGACUCCAAAGCUUUAGAUGGUCGCUUGUGGAGUGGGGAAAGCAAUUCUAAAUUCCCCGUCAUACAUUCACAAAACAAACUAUCCGUAUUUUUGAGUGCCUCUACUGGCCAUGUACCCUACAUCACAAGCCGCCAUUCUUACUCCGAAUUCACCUACAUGGUUCCCCUCACUAAUGGGCAAAAGUUCAUUCGCUUGCACUUUCAUCUAAAUUCAUAUCCGGGUUUUAAUCUGUCCAAGGCUUUCUUCUCUGUUAAGGCAGGUCCAUUUACACUUCUUAGGAACUUCAGUGCUUUACUUCAUGCUCAAGGCAAGGAAACUCUUGUUAAAGAAUUCUACGUUAGUGUCAAAGAUGGUCAGAGCCUAAACAUAACAUUCACUCCAAGUUCUGCUAUCACAGAUGCAUAUGCUUUCAUAAACGGGAUUGAAAUUGUGUCUAUGCCCACCAACCUAUACUACAGACCUGCCAAUGAUGAAGGUGUCAGCUUUCUUGGCCAGUCUAACUUAUACCGGUUUGGAAACGACACUGCCCUUGAGAUGAUGCACCGGAUCAGAGUUGGUGGAAGUAAAAUCCCGCCCGCAGAAGACACUGGCAUGUACAGAGCCUGGUCAGGGGACCAAGACUACCUGACAGUUGCGAAGCCAAGUGCUCUUCCAGUUAACAGCAGUAUGAAUCUCAACUUCAGCGUUGUGCCAUCAUUCUCUGCUCCAGAUACCAUCUAUAAAACUGCUAGAACAAUGGGGACAAACAAGACUAUGAAUGAGCACUACAAUCUAACUUGGCAGUUUCCUGUUGACUCUGACUUUGAUUACUUUGUGAGGUUGCAUUUUUGUGAGUUCCAGCAGGAGAUAAUAAAAGCAGGUGAUAGAGUCUUCCUGAUUGUCGUAGCCAAUCUAACAGCAGAAACGGAAGCAGACGUUAUAUUGUGGAGUGGUGGAAAUGGGAUUCCAACGUAUAAAGAUUACGCAGUGGCAAUAAUGAAUGGAGGAAAUCGAAAGAAACAAAAUCUCUCAAUUAAGCUACACCCUGCCCCAGCAUGGAGGACUCUCUAUUCGGAUGCAAUCCUGAAUGGAGUUGAAAUUUUCAAAUUGAGCAAGAGUGGUGAUCUCUCCGGACCUAACCCUGAUGCAAUACCCAAUCUUCUCGAACCAAUGAAGCCGCCGAUUGAGCAAUCAGGAAAGAAGAGGACAAUAAUUGUCGCUGUUGUUGGUCUAAUUUCUAGCUUUGCUGCAAUCUCUCUUCUAUUUUUCUUGAUUUUAAGGAUACGUUCCAGUAAAUUUGCCAACAACAGUAACCGUGCUCUACCUUCUGAUAUCUGUCGCCACUUCUCACUAAGGGAGAUAAAAGCAGCUACCAACAACUUUGAUAAGAAUUUCAUCAUUGGAAGAGGAGGAUUUGGCGACGUGUACAAAGGAUUCAUUAAUGCUGGCUCGACCCCCGUUGCAAUCAAACGUUUGAAUCCAGGUUCACAACAAGGGGUGCUUGAAUUUAGGACCGAAAUCGAGAUGCUUUCUCAACUUCGGCACCAAAAUUUAGUUUCUCUAAUGGGCUAUUGCAAAGACAAUAACGAAAUGAUCCUAGUGUAUGACUACAUGGUUCAUGGAACCUUGAGAGAUCACCUCUACAACACGAACAAUCCCCCAUUACAAUGGGAAAAAAGACUCAAAAUGUGUAUUGGUGCUGCAGGUGGGCUACAUUAUCUUCACAGAGGUCCCGACCACACCAUCAUUCACAGGGACGUGAAGACCACAAAUAUUUUGUUAAGUGAGAAAUGGGUGGCCAAAGUAUCUGAUUUUGGAUUGUCUAAAAUAAACGAACUGUCCAACACGCAUAUCAGCACUGCCGUCAAGGACAGCUUUGGCUACUUGGAUCCUGAAUACGUCCGUCUUCAACAACUGACAGAGAAAUCGGAUGUGUACUCUUUUGGCGUGGUGUUGUGUGAAGUAUUAUGUGCUAGAGCACCAAUAGAUGGAACUGUGGAUCAUUUGCAAAUAAGUUUAGCAGAGUGGGCACAACAUUGCUACAACAAUGGAACCCUUGCUCAAAUAAUAGAUCCUUAUUUACAGGGUAAGAUCAACCUUCCAAGUCUGUUAAAAUUUGGUGAAGUAGCUAUGAGUUGUUUGGCUUCCGAGGGGAGUAAAAGGCCGGCUAUGAGUGAAGUGGUGUGCGGGCUUGAGCUUGCAUUGCAGCUGCAGGAGAGUGGAAUUAUUGGAAACGAUGAGAAUCAUGUGAAUGACUCAACAGUCAUUGAUUAUCAUGUGUUGUUUACUAGUGGUAGUGGAUCAUUGAAUGUUGGUCGCUAGAAUAGAUGCUUUAAUUUUUUGCCCAUUGUAAUCUUAAUUCCAUCUUUUUAUGAACACUAAUAAUAACUGAAGUGCAGAUAAAGUUUAAUAUUAUUUUU